AUGGUGUGGCCCUCCACGGUUCUCCAAGCCACGUUGUCUUUCAAAGAAAAUCAAAUCCAAGUGACGUGCCAGAGUUUGGCGGGGGAAACGCUGGGGAGCUUCUGGCGCAACCAGGAUGAGACUUUGCAGGAGCUGGAAGAUGGACUUCUAGGAGUGUCCGGCUGGGACCACGUCCUCCUCCGAAUUCACCGUGCGGAUGCACCUCAAGUGGAUUUGGACAGAGCUACGUUGUUGCUGGACUACUUGGACUCGAGCCAGCAGGGGCAGCUGGUGAUCGUGAGAAGUCAGUUGGGCGUAUGGCUUGAGACGUACCCUAACACGGGAAAGCUGCUGAAAGCCAUGCAAGAAUUUGCCUUUCACCCCAACUCCAAAAGCUUCAACGUGAAUUGGAGUGUGAAGACAGUAGAUGAAGUUCCUCCAAUCAUGACAUGCAAGCUGCUGAAAGAGGCCUUUCCAGCAACGGACGAGGCCUACGUGCGCUUUGUGCGAGUUUUAGCACGAUUGACGGCAUACAUGGAAGAGUGGAACAUGAUCAAUUUGCGCUUCCUUCAGAAUUGGGAUCCUGGAAUGAAGUGUUUGAGGCAUGUCUUGUGUGAACAUUGGAUGGAGUUAGCUCGCUCAGCUGCCACGGAGAUGGUCCCCGAGAGACCUGAUCCCAUCUUCCUGCUGAGAAGCCAUGAGAGCGGGCGAGGUGUGGCGGGCAUUGUCCCCUUGGGCCACUCCUUUCCGGCCGCUUUUGAACGAAACUUACGAGUGCUUCCUUUUCCCAAUGCCACUCCCUCUCUUGAGGUGGGAGAUGGGGCAGCAGCUCUCUUGUCACUGGACGUGGAUUGGUCCAAGGAAACUCAAAGUGAUGAGGUCUUGAGUGCUUUCAGGAGGAUUCGGGCAGAUCCUCCUGCCAUUGAGGGCAAUGAGGUCUUGAGGCUGGUCCACAUACAGCUACGCCUGUCCAGCAUGGGAUUGGCUGAAGUCCUGGGCGAACUAGACCAAACACACGCGCACUUUCUGGCGGAGCUCCUGCGGUACAGUUUUUAUGUUAUGAAGGAUGGUCAGGGCUUACACGAGAAAGUGAAGACAGCGACUGCAGAGUUCAAGCCAGAUGAGAAUCGAGGACUCCUUUUGUUGGUCCUUGGACUCCAAGCCUGGGAACGCGCUGAACACUUUGCAAGCUUGAUCGAAGACGCCAAACCGGUGCCACUGCGACUGAUUUUGUGUGGCUUGGUCUGGUGUUGCGCCAUGUUGCGCUACUGGCUGUGUUGGACGGAACCCAGCUUGUCACACUGCACAGCAACAGCCACCCUCCAAGCGCGAGCUGUGAGCCUUCCUGAGCUGAGCUUGAGCGGGGCGACGCUGGGGGACGCGCUUGGAGAAGGAGGCCACACAGGGCUCCUGAAAAGAAGAACUGAGGCUGAAAGCCGAAUGGCCGAGUUGCAGAAAAGUGUUUGCUUCAGCGCACCGUACUCGUUUAAAUUCACAGUGUCCACGCAGGGCAUGGCCAUUGACGCAGGAUUGUCCGGCUGGGGCCGCGUCCUCCGAAUUCACCGCGCGGAUGCACCUCAAGUGGAUUUGGACAGAGCUACGUUGUUGCUGGACCAUUUGGACUCGAGCCAGCAGGGGCAGCUGGCGAUCGUGAGAAGUCAGUUGGGUGUCUUGCAGACCUUGGCCUUCGCCACCCCGUUGGCCGAGCGGCUCUUCCCCAGCUUCCACGGCCUCAUGAGGAGCACGAAUCGCAGUACGGAGGCGAUCUUCCAAGCGCUUCAGCCGCCCAGUUUGGCCAACGCGGAGGCCAUCCGGUUGCGGGUCUUCUGCUGCGCCGGGCAGCCCGGAACUGUGCCCACUGAGGUCUAUGCCGUACAACUCCAACCCAUGUACGACUACGAGUUCUUCGGCGAAGCCAAUCCCCUACGACUAGAAGAGGUGAAGGAGUUGCUCCCUUUCCUGAACCGCUUGGCCUACCACUUUGUGACUGCCAUGCCGGACCAGGCAUCCCUUCUUCCAGCGGCCAAAGCCCUGCGCACGAGCCUGACGUCCUUGAUCAACUUAUUGUACCAUCGGCACCAGCGGCGGCCCAUCCUUGACAGUGAUCACGACUGGAUCCUUCCGGAGUCCCGGACACUGCUGCGUCGGGCGCCCUCGGCACUGAACCUGGGCACCGCCCUGGGAGUCCCAGAGACGGAAGAGGACGAGCCGGAAGCCAUGGAGGUGGACGAAUCCGGUGAGAUGGGCGAGUUCCCAGAGGCUCGAUGUGUUGGAAGCAGUCGGGGCCUCACGUUGAAAUGCGCAGUGGUAGUGAGUGUAGAGUGCUUUGGGGCAACAGAUGGCAACAAUGCUAUCACAUUUGAUACCUUGGAAAGUGCGACGUCCUCGGUGGCCUUGGCCGAGAAAGCGCUUCAGGCGGUGCUUGCCGAGAUGCCGCACGUGCUGCCCUUCGAGGAUCGAGUGUCCAUCCUGCACAAUGCCAUCCUAGCCGAUCAGGAUCAGCGAAGAGCCUUUCGCGGCCCAUGGGGGUUGUCAACCUUGGACAAGCGGCAGAUCCGCCGGAACCAUCUGGUGGACGACGGCAUCGCUGCCUUCGAAGGCUUGGACGAAGCCGCUUUGCGGGACACCUUCCGUGUGGAGUUCGUGGCGCCUGAUGGCACCCUGGAGUCCGGCGUGGACGGGGGAGGCCUCUUCAAGGAGCACGACCUCGGUGCCGAUGACUUGCUUCACAGAUUUGCUUCCUUUGAUCUGAUCCACCAGGAGUUCAUGAUCCACAUUUGCCGAGAGAUGUUUGAUCCGGAGUUUGGGCUUUUCAGGGCCACCGAGUCCCACUCCUUGUACCCCAGCAGUGAGGCCUUCACUCAGUUUCCACAAGCGGCUGACCUGUACAUAUUCCUUGGGAAGGUUGUUGGGAAGGCGAUCUACGAGAUGAUCCUUUUGGAACCUCAGUUCAGCCGGGUGUUUCUCAACCGAGUGCUCGGUCGAAUCAACGAGGUGGAUGACAUCGCGUCCUUGGACAAAGAGCUCCACCGCAACAUGCUGCAGAUCAAGGAUGCCCCCGGCCCGCGGUGA